AUGAAGUAUAUCACCUCUGAGCAGAGUUUGGAAGUCCCCGAGGGCGUCACCGUCGAGAUCAAGGCCCGUAACAUCACAGUUACUGGUCCCCGCGGUACUCUCAAGAAGAACCUCCAGCACGUCGACGUUACCUUCAAGAAGGUCAACGACAAGCUCAUCAAGCUGUACAUUUUGCACGGCUCGCGCAAGCAAGUCGCUGCGUUGCGUACUGUCAAGUCUCUUGUGCACAACAUGAUUGUUGGUGUCACCAAGGGCUUCAAGUACAAGAUGCGCUAUGUGUAUGCUCAUUUCCCCAUCAACGUCAACAUCGAGAACAACGGUGCGAAGGUCGAGAUCCGUAACUACCUUGGCGAGAAGCAGGUGCGUAUCGUCAACGCGCUUGAGGGCGUCAAGGUCGAAAUCUCCAAGGGCCAGAAGGAUGAGCUCAUUCUCACCGGUAACUCGGUCGAGAACGUUUCUCAGACCGCCGCGGACAUCCAGCAGAUUUGCAAGGCUCGCAACAAGGAUAUCCGUAAGUUCUUGGACGGUAUUUAUGUAUCUGAAAAGGGUGUCAUUGAGCAGGACGCCUAA